CGUGUGUGUGUGUGUGUGUGUGUUUAUGCGUGUCAUUAUUAGAGAUGGUUAAAAAAAAACUAAACAUGAUGCGAAGGUUUUGAAAGUUAGACACCUGAUGGCGCUACAUCAUUUGUCAAAUGGAGACACAUUGACACCGCGAAAACGUGAGGAAUUUUUCAGUAUUCAGCAAUGAAUAUUCCAUGUUCUCGGAGACAGACAAUGGUAUUUUACAGAUAUCAAAUCAAGCAAAAAAAAAAAAAAAAUCCAUCAACGCACAGAGGCUCAUAACAUAAGCUAUAAGACUAUUAUAAAGCCUAGCAAUUUACAUAAGAAUAAUACAAUAAUCGAAAUUGUAAAAUACUUCAGGAUAUGAUAAACUGUGUUACUCAGUGUCUCAUUAUGCUAAUUAAACCUGAUUUUACUUUCCUUUAUUGUUCUAGCAACAAGUCUAUUCCAAUGGGGCUGCGUGUGACCCUGGACACGUUUUCUAUGCUAUUCAUCAAAUGGACAAUCUGCAGACAGUUGAGAAGAAGGAACAUGACAAGAAACAGGUCAUUUUCCAGCGGGCCUCCGGAAUCACUGUCACAUGACACGAGAGGACAGAGUUUUUCUAAACCCCCAGAAAGGACCAUAACUGAUGAAAGCCGUCCAGAAAAUGCAUAUAACGAACAACAAUAACGCCUUUCACAACGUCGCGGAAUUAUUUGCAACAAUCUCGUGCAUUUGAACGUAAUGACAAAAUUCAUCAAAACACCAAACACUUUGGGUAAGAGACCGCUAAAGACGAACUUGCAGUGAGAUGGAUACAGAACAAGAUAAAGAGGACGUAUAAACGAGAGAGAGAGAGAGAGAAACAAAGUUGAACAAUCCUCAAUCAAGACAGAAAAACGCCAGUGUUCCUUGUUGCAAUCGGAGAUAACUUUAGGAAUCAACAAGUUCUAACUGCAGCCUAUUACAAACCCAUAUUUUAUUGGACGAGUUCAAGCUAACGACAAAGAGCAGCGCGGCAUUUGGUGCUCAGGAGUGACAAGAAAACCCCGCUGGGAUUCAUUGCCUCAAAAAAAGCACAUACUGCUAUAGCCUACAAGUGAUCAGCUGUAGAGAGAAGUUCCUCUUCAACCCAUAUUUGUGCUGGCGAAGACGUGUGAAAAUGCCCAGUUUACUCAAACCUCUAAUGAGAGGAAAAUAAAAGUCUGGUUUCAAAACCGGAGGAUGAGGCAAAAAAGGUUCUACGUAGGUUGAAAAGAAUGCCUCUCGUUGCUAUCUGGACCAUCUCUUUUCAACAGCCCAUCUCCACCGUCUUGAGUGAAACAUGCAGAGAUUUAUUUAUUCAUGGCAUCUAGUGCCUCAGGUAAAAGGUCAUUUCGCAAAUAUGGCUGGGUAUGCUUAUCCAGUCUAUAGCCACAUUAAUAGCAUUCUCUGGACAACCACAGAACUGACAUGUUCCCAGCGUCUAUGUCCCCUUCAAAUGAUUAAAUGCCAGUUUGAUGUAAUAUUACCAAAAUUAUUUUUUAAUGGUAAAUAAGUAUUAUAGCCUAAUAAUGUACUUGAUUUAAUAACGUCAUUGGAGUAAUAAUUCAAAGUAUUGUGUGAAAAUGAAAAGCUCUGUGAAUUUGACAUUUUAGUGCGUGUUAUUUAUAAUUUAUUUUGGCCUAUUGCUUCUGAUGGGCUCAAUUCAAGGUUCUCGCGAUGUUCAUUUGAAAUCAAGAUAACCAUCAGAGUUUAACUUGGACAAUUUACAACUCUAUGGCCUAAUAAUUUUAUCUAUUCGAAUGGAAAUUGUUUGUCACUUGCACACAAAAAUUAUGUUUUGGGUUUCACUAAUCGAAAUAGCAUCCAUAAGAUCUUAUCUUUUGCUUUAAAUCAAUUUGCGUUAUGUUAUAACCUUUACUUUAAUGGGAGAUUAGGCUUAGGCCUAAGCAUUAUUUUAGAAAGUGGCUCACUAUACCGAGGGAGCGAGAGUGAGAUAUAUCCUAAAACCAAUCUUUGGCUAUUGGUUUAAUAGAAGUUAAUUAAAAUGGGAAUUUUGACUUAAAAUUAGCACAAUAAACUUCUUAAGGAAAAAAACACAAAGGCAGACUACUUCAAGUCAAUGGUCUACGUAUAAGGGUAUGAUGAAUUUUUAGGGCCUAUUUAUUUAUAGCUUUCAACACAACUGCAGUUUUUCCCGUCACGAACACAAUGAAUUCACUGUUAUAAUCGCUGUGCUCCCUUUAAUUCACAUUAGAUCUACAUUGGCAGUUUAUCAGAUUGAUGGGUUCAUUCGAUUGAUGUGUUUGUCAUGUAAAUACGAAUCGUUUGAUGGACACCUGCAACGCCCAGAGUGCUACCGCAGGUCGCACACCAUUGGUGCAAAAUUAGUCACAUGAUCUGUCACUUAACUGAUAUGAGCUCGGAUACAACUUUGUGUGGUUUGACGUACUGCUUCGAGGUUGUAGGGGCACUGGGACCACACAUCGGCUUAUAUUGACCCUGCUUAAUCAAUUUCGCUUGGUCAGUCAACAAUGAAUUCCUACUUAGAUUAUACGAUUUAUAACCGUGGUGCUAACACUUACAGUUCGAAGGUUGGGUGUUUUUCUAUGGAACAAGAAUACUUGCCAAGUGCUUGUGCAAGUAGUACAAAUAAUUACAUUCCCGAGGGACGGUCAGUCGGAGGAAACAAUUUUACACCAGCAUCGCAUGAAACUCAUGGCACAACUUAUGCACAACAGCCAUACCACAUGAAUAUGGAAAUGGGGAAAACUGGACACACCAAUUUCUGCAAGCAAACCCGACCUCCUCUUUUGGACUAUGGACAUCAGCACGUUCUCACUCAAACAGAUGACCACAUGCGCCUUCAGUCCCCUGCUUUUUCUGUCGUGAAUAUGGGAUCCAACAUUGGAACUUACAGUGACUCGAACUGCAGGCCUGGCUCGGUCUCUGCAAGCCAUUUUCAGUCAUUUCCUUACGGAGAACACGAACCGCACGGCUACGGCUCGUUCAGCAAGUACCAGGUCUCCCCUGACAGUGACAGCGAUUCCAAGACGAACAUCACACAAGCGCCAACGUUUGACUGGAUGAAAGUCAAGAGGAACCCCCCUAAAACAGUCGCCGAAUAUGGGAUCCACGGCCAGCAGAACAUAAUACGCACCAAUUUUACCACCAAGCAGCUCACCGAACUUGAGAAAGAGUUUCACUUCAACAAGUACCUGACCAGGGCUCGCAGAGUGGAGGUGGCCGCAACCCUAGAACUGAACGAAACGCAGGUUAAAAUUUGGUUUCAGAAUCGCAGAAUGAAACAAAAGAAGCGCGAGAAGGAAGGAACAGUCCCAAUAAUUAAACGAGCGACUCUUUGCACUUCUGGUCAAAGCGCAGACAACUCAAACAGCUCAUCCCCCGGUGCUUCGCCAACCUCUGACACUUCCACUACUAUUUGAUUCUUACGUGCGAUUGUGGCAAACGAACUUCUGUUUCAUCACGGUGCUGUGGAGAACUACCUAACUUAUUCUGCUGUCCUAGACAAAGCAUUGUGCUAGAGUGUGCAAGUGUGUUUAAAGUAAUAAUUUGGCUGCAUUAGAGCCACUGAAUUCAUGGUUUAACAGGGUACAUGCUUAAUAGUAAAAAGCAAGACUUUUAAAUGUUAUUUUUUUCUGCCAUUGGUUGAUUAUCUUAUGUUGCACUACAGAUUCAUUCCUCUGUUGAAAGAGAAAGAAACUGUACAAAAGACUGACAUGUUCAAGUAUUUAGAAAACAAACAGUGACAGUGACACUGUGAUAAAUAAAUAUUUUAUUUUUCUGAAAUAUA